CCUUUUCUUAUAGUCUCUGUCAAUGUUGUACGAUUCUUUAUUUGUUUAUUCUUCUUGGUUAACCUAGUUAGAGUUGGUGUAUAUCUUAGUCUGUACUAGGCUGUAGAGUUAAGUUUAUAUAUACAACAGAGUUCUUCAUCACUGCAUUUUCUCUGCAACUUCUCUGUUCAUUUCACCUUUGUUUUCAUAGUUCGACAAUGGAUCUCCCUUUCAUGAACAUCUUCCUCUUCCUUAGUUUAAUUUGCACCUUGAAUCCCAUCUUCUCUUUAGAAAGUUGCGACUUGCCGGACAUAUUUAACUUCGGUGACUCCAAUUCAAAUCCCACCUGCUCUUUGGAAGGUUGCAACUUCCCAGCCAUAUUUAACUUCGGUGACUCCAAUUCGGACACCGGUGGUCUAUCUGCAACUUCCCUAAUCACGGUCCCUCCUCCCUUUGGAAACACGUAUUUUCACAUGCCUGCGGGGAGGGGAUCCGAUGGUCGACACAUCAUCGAUUUCAUUGCUCAAAGUUUUGGCCUGCCAUUUCUGCACGGAUAUCUUGAUUCUUUGGAGGCUAACUUCUCCCAUGGUGCAAAUUUUGCCACGGGAGGAGCCGCCAUCAAUGGAGGACUACUGAAGCUGGGAGGAUUCAACUUCUAUCUUAAUAUACAGUACGACCAAUUCAGACAAUUCAAGCUCAGAUCGCAAAUAAUCAAAGAAAAAGGUAGAAUAUUUGCAGCUCUAGUGCCGAAACAAGAAUAUUUUUCAAAUGCCUUGUAUACGUUUGACAUCGGCAUGAAUGAUCUUUUCCGACCAUUACUGGCUAACUUUUCAGUACAAGAGGUUAACGCUUCUAUUCCUAAUAUCAUCAAUGACUUUGUUACAAAUGUUAAGAAUGCAUACAAUUUAGGAGGUAGAUCGUUUUGGAUUCAUAACACAGGACCAUUAGGUUGCUUAGCUUACAGUUUGGAGAUCUUUCCCUCGGGCAAGAAGGAUGAUGCUGGUUGCGUAAAACUUUAUAACGAAGUAGCUCAGUAUUUUAACUACAUGUUGAGAGAAGUUGUACUGCAACUAAGGCAGGAUUUUCCAGAGGCUGCAUUCACAUACGUUGACAUCUACUCCGUCAAGUACUCUCUCUUUAAACAACCAGAAAGAUACGGAUUCGAGCUGCCACUUGUAGCAUGUUGUGGCCACGGAGGCAAGUACAAUUUUACUGUCGGUGUUUUUUGCGGAGACACGAUAACAAUUAAUGGCACCCAAAUAUCUGUUGAUUCGUGCGAGCGACCUGAUGUUCGGGUAAUUUGGGAUGGCGUACACUACACAGAUGCAACUAACAAGUUUGUUUUUGAUCAAAUCUCGACCGGAGCUUUCUCAGACCCUCCUAUUCCCUUAAGAAUGGCAUGCCACAGAAACACAAGCUUCUUCUACAACCAUAUCCACUAAAUCGCGGAUGUGAGAAUAUUUUCAUUAUUUAUAUCGAGCAGCAUGCAUGUACUUAACUUGGCUUUCUAUGAAUUAAAUUAUAUCAACCAUUCUGCCUUUCCUAUUUAUUGAAUUUGUGCUAGUAUUCCCAUUA